AUGGGCACCGAAGGCUCCCUCGUCCACCUCAGUGAUGGAGCUCGUUUGUUCGUCAAAGUACUGGGAGACAAUGCCAGGUCCAAACAGCUAGUGAUUGCUCUGCACGGCGGUCCUGGGGUGUCUGACCAUCGAGAAUCAGAAGCCUCAUUUCAGUUCCUGUCGUCGCGGUUUCGAGUUUUGGUGUACGAUGCGCGAGGCAGCGGACGCAGCGAUCCCAAGGGUCCUUACACUCACGACCGAUGGACUGCAGAUAUCGAUGAACUGAGAAUUUGGGCCGGCUCAGAGCCCGUUAUUCUGGCGGGAGGCUCGUACGGCGGAUAUGUUGCACUGGAAUACGCCAUCAAAUACCCCAACCACGUAUCGGCGCUUAUUUUGCGAGACACUUCAACGUCGGGACCUAAAGGAGCCAUGUGCUGCCUUAAAUCAUCGCUCACAUCCACCCGAAUAAAAGUCGAUGCGGAUCGACAAUACAGAGUUUGGACUGGCACUUUGAAAAGUAAUGAGGAUCUCCGAGCUAGUUUCUGCGAAAUCCUCCCCAUACUCGCAGCAGAAAAGAUAAACCCCGAACCAGCGACGAGAGCGUUUGACCCAAGCCAGCUGAGAUUGCACUUUGAGACACACAACUUCGCCAUGAGCUACAAUAUGCCGCGGUUCGACGUGCGCUCCAAGUUGGGUGACAUUUCCGCGCCGACCUUGAUUGUGGUCGGACGACAUGAUGUCGUGGCGCCCGUGCAGUUUAGUGAAGAAAUGCACGAUUUGAUGCCAAACUCCCAGUUGGCAAUCUUUGAAAAAUCUGGACAUGAUCCGUCGGCGGAGGAAGCAGACUCAUUCCAAGAAAGAGUGACUCGAUUUCUCGACUGUUUUAGGCUGUGA